AUGUACCACAUGGACAACGAUCCCGUCACGUACCCUGAAGUUUUUGAACUUGACGAAGACGAAGAAGAGCUCGAGAUCGAGUACUUUGGAAGAGUCUUGAGAGUGACGGAAGCUGAAGAGUUUGUUUUGUCAGAAGGAGAAGAGAGCGGAGAAGAGCAAGAAGAUCCUCUACUAAACUGGUACCUUGGACGUGAAGCACUACCACCACAAGAAGUUCUUUCAGUACGCGUUGUAGAGGAAGAGUUUUUCCAGGAAAGUGAUCUUCACCAAAGAAUCGAAGUUAUCCUGGAUUCUGGCGCAGACGUUUCUCUUGUGCCCUCUUGGCUAGGAAAAGAAGGAACCCCUUUGAAGGUUCGCCCUUCGUCCAUUCAGGACGCACAAGGAAAAGCAAUAAAGACGGAAGGCAGAAGGAUGCUGAACUUAACGUUCUUUGAUGACGACGGAAGCUUUUGUCGCAUCCAGGAAGCCUUCACCGUUGCCUCGGUGAUCAACCCGCUGAUGGCCAUAGGCAAGCUGUUUCGAGAAGGCUGGGAGUUGCGAGUGAACGAAGAAGAAGGUAUGUGUCUUACAGACGGAAGCUCAAGAAUACCAGUGCAUCUCCACAAGAACAGCUUGGCAGCCUACGCCUACGUACAAACUCCUUCAAGAAGCAAAAGUUACAGCAGCAACAACUACAAGAUGGUUCGGACAGUUGUUCAGCUCAACAAGCACGUUCAGGAAGCAGUGAACAAAGAAGAACCUGGUUGGCACAACACUGACAGCAUGGUGAUCGUGAAGUAUGCUACUCAAAGCAGCUACGAGAACCCAUCUCUCAUGUAUAGUCCUACGCACUUUCCGUACAGAAGCACUUUGGUGAAAGAAGAGAGAGGAUGGAGAGCAGUUGAAGUUUCAAAGAAGUACUCCGAGAAGGCAGACCCUUUUGAAGAGUUUGCAGAAGGAGAAAAGGAAGUGGUUACAGCCAUUUCAGCAAAGCCAAUUCCACUUUGGAUCCUUGGCACCCCUUACGCAGCUGGAGAUCGAGCUGAGCAAGAAAGUCAUGGUCGUGACUACUGGAAAAUGGACCUCGAGAAGGGAGAAGUUGUUCGUCACCACGUAGUACCUAGAACUGUGCUGUUUGACCCGACAGGAGUUGCCAACUGUCCUGUCCUCCUUGGAGAUCUUGAGAACAGCAGGUAUACCCAAGGAGACUGCAUCUACAGUACGGAGAUCUACGAACACAGCGACGACUGGAGAGCAGACCGCCUACCUCUACGUGAACACUUUCGUUUGCCGUGGUUUGGUCAAACAAGGUUCCGCGUGAAGCCAGAAGUUGUUGAAGACCUAAAAGCAGAAGCUGCAGCAGAGGAGCUAAAGAAGAAGAAGGAAGAACACUACAAAGAGAAGGAAGAUUCAGCAGCACCACCAGAAGCGCAGGAGAGUAAAGACGAAGAGAUGAGAGAAGCACCAGCAGACCAAGAAGCACCACAAGAAGUUGUUGAAGUUUUGGAGGAAAGCUUCUACCACGAAGGCGUCGAGUACACAGCGCAGAAAAGCAGUCUUAAGGAACUACAAGCACUUUGCAGAGAGUACAGAGUGAAGACAACAGGAAGCAAGAAGCAGCUCUUGAAGAGACUCGCCACAGCAGUCAGAGAAGAAAGGCUCAGCACGCAACACAAGGAACAACGGGAACACCACCAAGCAUACCACCUAGCACCACCACAGGAACCAACGGAAGAGGAGAGAGCGUACCACAACUUGACGCACCUUCCGUAUCAGCCUUGGUGUCCCCAUUGCGUUGCUAUGAAAGCACGAGAAGACAACCACAAGAAGGGAUUGAGCAAGCCAAGCAGCUCUACGGAUUCCGCGAAGCCCGUCAUCAGUUUUGACUUUUGCUAUACAAGCACCACAGGAAGUGAAGAGCCACCAGCAGUGACUCUUGUCGCUGUGGACAGCUGGAGCAAGGCAGUUCUUUCGGUGCCCUGCAAGAGGAAAGGAGGUGCAGGAAGCACGACGCAUCUCGCGGAAGCACUCGUGCAGUUCACCACGCAGCUCGGGUACAACACCCUCGUUCUCAAAGCAGACAACGAGAACGCAGCCAAAGCACUCAAGGACAAAGUACAGAAAGAAGAACGCGAACAGCUCGAGAACGACGAGGCCGCUAGCGACCCUCCGAGUUCGGAGGAACCAAGCUCCCCCAGCAAGCUACGAAAGCAAGUUAACAGAGCAGAGGAAACAGACGGUUACCUCAACAUGCCUCAUGAUGAUGAAGUCUACGAAGCAGAUGAUGAGUUUGUGUACGAGUCGGAAGAAGAAGAAGAGGAGACAGAGAGUGAACCAACGGAAGUUUCUACCAAGGUCCCUGUCGAGUUCUUCGACGAGGAGAAAGGACCACCGAACGUGGAUCCAGCUUUUCUUCAGAAGUUGGAUGAUGAAGCUACAGUCAAAGAAAUCAAGAGGUUAACAAAGAUGGGAGUUAUUUCGUUGGUUUCUACGGACCCUCAGGAAGCAACUGAGAACGUACCUCUGGUAGAUUCAGAGCAAGAACUUCACAAGUGGUUGACAACGAAGUUGGUGAAAGAUUGGAGGUUCAGAGAAGCUACAGGUUUUGAAGCUGAAGAAGCCAAAGAAGGAACAACAAAGCCCAAGCAGAUUCAAAGAAUUACAAAACUGGUGCCCAUGUUGGCUCUCGCCAACCAUUGGGCGAUCUACAGUGUCGACGUGAAGGUCAACGCGACGCAUCCAGUCUUUGGUCAGACUUUUGUGAUGGUCUUUUGGUGGAAGAGAAGUUUGAGCGUUGUACAGCAGUUCCAGCACUUUACCGUCUUCUACGACAAGGAAAAGUGGAACCUCAAGAAGAAAGUGAACCUACAAGUUGAAGGACCUCUUCUGAACGAGGAAGACUACGAGAAAGGAUUUUCUGAGGAGACCGUGAAGUUUCUCAAAAGGAAGUACACGUACGAACAACAUGAACUACGAGUACAUAGCGAUAGCAAGUACGUGAAGAAACUCGUGGAGAUCCUCAAGCUGGAGAAGAAGAAGGCCAAGAACUCACCCUGCACACCGGCUAGUCAGGAACCUGACGUAUCCCAAGAACUGGACGAGGAACACUCGAGAACGUACAGAAUUUGUGUCGGCAUUUUGCUGUACGUAGCGCACGACCGUCCGGACAUUCAGUUCGCAGUACGUAGCCUCAGUACUGCCAUGACGAAGCCAACGGAACGCAAGAGAAAGGAGUUGGAACACUUGGAACGUCAGCUCUACGUCACCGCGCCGAAGAACCACAAGAACUACAAGAACCUCGAGAACAACCACGCGAACGUUUGCUGGAAGUUUUUAGAGAACACAGCAGACCUAGGAACAAAGCCUCUCAGCACGAAAAGAGUGAAGUUUCUCCUGAACAUGAUCGGCAUGUGCAACAGCGAAGGAAGAGUUGGAGAGCAAGAGCGAGAGGAAGAAGAAAAGGCACAAGUGGUGAGAAGACUCGAGAAGAUCAUGAAGAACAAAAGCAGCAUGUUGUUUGCACUUUCGAGUUUGUUUGGAAAGACUGAGGCAGCCAACGUACCUUUCGCCGCAGCUCAAGAAGUAGCAAGCCCACAAGAAGUCCCAAGCAGUCCUGGAAGCAUGUCGCUUCUGGAAGUCCUGGUGACGCUCGCCAUGGUGUGCAUGGCAAAGAAAGAAGUGACAGAGAGAGCAGAGAAGUUGAAGAAAGCUGAGGAAAGCCUGGAGAAGGAAAAGGAGCAGUUCGGAAACCAAAAGACAGAGUUUGAGGAGACAGUGAAAAGGUUUUUGAAGAAGCAGAAGGAGGUGAAGGAAAAGGAAGACAAAGUUACAGAAAGAGAAGAGAAGUUAGAGAAAGACCAAGAGACCCUCCAAGAACAAGCCAAGGUCUUAAGCGAGAAGGAGACAGCCCUCGAAGAAGCUGAGGAGAACGUCAAAGCAAAGGAAGCAGAGGUUGAAAAGAAGAAGAAAGAGGCAGAGAAGAGAGAGAGAAAAGCCCAGGAAAGAACCGCCGGCUACGACCAGGAGAGAGAAGAGUACGCCAAGAAGUACGUUGACGACGCAAAGAAGGACUUGGAGAGAGAGCUUAAAGUGCUAAAGCAAGAAGAGAAAGUAAGGAACCAGAAGCUCGACGACCUCCAGUACGACUACAAGAGCCUCAAGGACGACUACCAGUACUUCAAAGGUUACUCACAGGAAGUGGACGCACUUCUACUUGCAGCUAAGGACAAGAUCGUGAAGUACAAGCAGAAGGUCAAGAGCCUCAAGGAAACCUUAGGUGCAACCUUGUCUGGAAGCGAAGGUGAAGAAGAGACAGAAGAAGCGUACAAGAGCAAAGCAGAGGAAGAGAAAGAGAAGGCAGAGGCUAAGGCAAAAGAGGAAGAGAAGAAGAAAGGAAAAAGGCCAAAGCAGGUAGAGACAGAAGACCAAGAAGAGAAGCCGUCAAGCAACCAAGGAGACGAAACUACCGUCGACCCGAACGACAUAGCCGAGUUCACACAGCUUGGCUACGUGUGGGAGUUCAACAAGAAGACGCAGGAGUACCGCGCGAAGUGUGAGGACAAGAAAGGAGCCCCAAGAAUCAAGAACGCUCCGGUGAAAGGCCGCCUCCUUUGGAACAAGGUGACGGAGUGCUACAGGAAACACAACAUUUGGUUUACAGACGGAAAGGAAUUGGAUAAAUUCCUCGAGACCAAGGAGAACGAGAAGAUCGAGGAAGAGGUGCAGCGACGCAUCCACGCGAAGGGCAAGCACGACAACCAAGGAACGAAGGGAAAAGGCCCUUCCUGGGACGACGGACACAACGACGGUUGGUGGUACAACGACCAGUGGAACAACGAGAACUGGAGCACCACCGACGACGGCAGCAACUGGUACGAGAACGCGAACCCCCAGAACAAAGGCUACUGGCAGACGCCAGAAGAGUGGGCGCAGCAGAACCAGUGGGACCAGUGGACACCCAAAGGAAAGGGUAAAGGCAAGAAGUCCAAGAACUGGGUGCAGACCCAGUGA